GCUCUGCUGCAUCCUCGUCAUCACCAGCCAUCGUGACGCCGCCUCCACGCACCCAGGCAAAGCAGCGCAAGCAGCACUAUCUGGUAAAGGAUCGUUCCUAUGGCUAUUUGUGUGUCCUAUGUGGGGGUAAUUCACAAGACAUCAGGGAGCUGAAAGCCAGGCAAUGUUUUGCCCUGCCCGAUCUGCAACCUUUGGAUGCACGCCUUGAAACAGCCUCGAAGUCAAGUGGUAGGGCCUCGAAAGCAGGGUCUCCGCCCCGUGAUGCGGGACCAAAAGGAUGCCUCACCCCGACCGAAGCUGAGUCAGAGGUGACCCCAGAGCAAGCAAUGAUGCUGGAGGAGCUGGCAUCCUUGCAGAAGCAGCAGGCCUUGUUGGAGGAGCUUCUGCAGCUGCAGGAGCUAAAGGAUUAUGAAAAGGCACUGCAAGAGGAAGAGGAGUUUUUUGAGCAGGCCCUGAGGCGAUCUGCUUUGGAGGCUGAGGAACAGGAGCUUACGAAGCGCAAACGCAGUGUGGAAGCCGAAAAGAGAGCAGAAGUGGCCCCAACAAAAAUCCCAAAGAAGACCCCUGUGAAUGAUGAGUUGCCAGCAGCAAUCCCAGGGGAGUCAACCGCAGCAGAGGCCUAUGAAGCCGGAGAAGCCCCACACGCAAUCGUGGAGUCAGCCAAAGCAGAGCCCCGUGAAGCCAAAGAAGCCCCGCAAGCAAUCGUGGAGUCAGCCAAAGCAGAGUCCCGUGAAGCCAAAGAAGCCCCGCAAGCAAUUGUGGAGUCAGCUAAAGCAGAGUCCCGUGAAGCCGAAGAAGCCUCAGCAGCAAUCCUGGAGUCAGCUAAAGCAGAGUCCCGUGAAGCCGAAGAAGCCCCAGCAGCAAUCCUGGAGUCAGCUAAAGCAGAGUCCCGUGAAGCCGAAGAAGCCCCGACUGCAAUCCUGGAGUCAGCCAAAGCAGAGUCCCGUGAAGCCGAAGAAGCCCCAGUGAUCCGUUCCGUGAAGCCCGUGGGUGUGGUUUGCUACUUGGUUGCAAUGCUGCAGAUGCCUGGGCAUUAUCCUGCUAGCAGCAUCGGAGGUCCAGACUUGGUCGACACCCUUCCCCAGGAGCUGUGCUUUGAUGAGCCAUGUAUGGAGGCACCUUUGGAGGAUGGCAUGGGUGCAGAUUUGCUGGGGACAUGUAGAAGGCUUCAGGUGCCUGUGGAAAAGGAUAUGAAAGGGAAGGAUGAACAGGCUUCUAGUGUAUCCCUGAGAAUUGCACCGGAGUCUGAUUGCGACGAAGAUGGGGAGGAGGAGCCCCUAGAAGAUGAUGUGGUGCUUGAUGUUAAGGAUGGGAAGCUAGGAGAAGCUGCAAAGGCUUCAGAGGUCCCUGCAAAGGCUGUGAGCCCCAGCAAGGCUACUGUCUUUUAUGAGCAUACAUUGCCUCCUUGCCCAGUUGAAAUGGACCACAAGCCCACAACACCUGCGGAGCAGCGAGAAGCCUUGGGUUUGAAGACGGGAAGGGGCCGAGGAGGUCGUGGCGGCCGUGGCCGUGGCCGUGGAGCGCCGAAGCCAGGCCGUGGCCGUGGCCGUGGCCGUGCAUGUAAGGAAGAGGAGGAACAGGAAGAUGAGGAACAGGAAGAUGAGCAGAGUGAGGAUGAGCCCAGCAUUGGCCCCAACCAUGAGACUGAUGAUGAGGAUGACGGAAAGUGUGGCAAGGGGCCCAAGGUCACAGCAAAGGCUAAGGGGAAGUGCAAGGCCAAGGCAAAACCGGCCCCGAAAGCAAAGGCGACCCCCAAAACCAAGGCAAGCCCCAAAGCAAAGGCCAAAGCAAAGGCGACCCCAAAAGCUAAGAGCAAGCCAGAGGAGAAGGAGCAGAAGGCAGGCAAGAGGGGGAGGAAGGCAAAGGAAGAAGAGCAGGAGGUUCCGAUUCCCAGUGCCGCCAGGUAUUCCUGCGUCACCAACAGCAUGGAAGGACUUCAGAUGAGUGAAGGCUGGGCUGUCCGAGCCUCCUCUAUAUAUAGAAAACCUGAGCCCAGGAUCUAUACCGAGAUCUUCGCUAAGAACCUACUGAAGGCUUUCCAAGAAUGGUGCAAGCUGCCUCCUGCGCACCGCGCAGAUAUCCGGGCACGUAGGUCUGUAAACCUGGACAACAGUGACAAGGAGAUAUUUGCUUCUUUACCUACCGGGGAUCUUUGGCUGGAUGCUCGUGUCCACGAGACGUUCCUGUACCUCUAUGGGUCCAAGAACUGUGUGAUACCUGACAGCUGGGUGGGUGUCAUGGAGAGUUUCAAAGACGAUGUUGUCCAGAAAGCUUGUGGAGAUGAGCGCCUCCGCUCUGAGCUGCAAGAACUGCAAGUUUGCUCCGAAGCCUAA